AUGCCCAAGCAUGGGUUCCUCACGCCGAAGGCGAUCGGCAAUCGUAUCAAGGCCAAGGGUCUGUGCAAGCUGCGCUGGUACUGCGAGAUGUGCGUGAAGCAGUGCCGCGACGAAAACGGGUUCAAGUGCCAUCAGACAAGCGAGGGUCACCUCAGGCAGAUGAGAAUCUUCGCCGAGAACCCUGAGGCUGUGAUGAAGCAGUACUCGGAGGACUUCGAGAAGGAGUUCCUGGACGUUCUCAGCAGGCGCCACGGGACCAAGCGCGUGCGGGCGUCGCUGGUCUACAACGAGUUCAUCGCGCACAAGACCCACACCCACAUGAACUCCACGCACUGGGAGACGCUGACCUCGUUCGUCCUCUACCUUGGAAAGAUGAAGAAGGCGGUCGUGGACGAGACCGAGAAGGGCUGGUACAUCCAGUGGGUGGACCGAGACCCUCGCUUGCUGGCGAUGCAGGAGGCCGCCGCCAGAAGGGAAAAGUCCGAUUUAGAUGACGAAGAGAAGCAGGCAAGGGCGAUCGAGAAACAGAUACAGGCCGCGAAGGCCCGCGACGAUGGCCGCGCCGACACCGACGCCGCCGCGGCGGGCCCGACAGAGCUCCGCCGUGAGGAGGGUCAAACUUCCCUCCGAAUAGGCCUCAAGUCGCGCGCCCAGACGUUCGUGCCGGGCGGGGGUAGCGGCAGCGACCUGACCACCGCCGCCGGGAAUCUGGUCGCGGCGAACGGCGGCGGCGGCGGCAGCAGCGGUAGCGGUAGCGGUGGCCUGUUGAAGAGACCGAAGCUGUCGGGUGCCUUCGGGGAGGGGGGUGCGGCGGCGGCGGCGGCGGCGGCGGCGGCAGGGCCCCUCAAGGGUAAGGGGAAAGGCGCCAAGCGGAGCAUGAUGGAGGUGAUGAUGGAGCAGGAGCGAGCGAAGAAGAAGGCGAAGGAGGAGGAGGAGGAGAGGGCGGCUGCAGCGGCGGAGGUUAAGGCCAAGGGUAGCAGCAGGAAGGACUACUGGCUGCGGCAGGGCAUCGUGGUGAAGGUGAUGAACAAGAGGGUCGGAGGCGGCAAGUACUACAAGAAGAAGGCCAGGUUGAGGAAGGUCGUCGAGCGGUACGUCGGAGAGGUGAAGAUGAUCGACUCCGGGGACCGCCUGAGGGUGGACCAGGAUGACCUAGAGACGGUCAUCCCCGCGGUGGGCGGCGAGGUGGUCGUCGUCAACGGCCGGUGUCGCGGGGAGCGCGCAACGCUGCUGUCUCUCGACACCGAAGCCUUCUCCGCCAGCGUUAGGAUAACGAGCGACGGCCCGGACCUCGGCACCGUCCUCGACAAAGUGGAGUACGAGGACAUCUGCAAGGCUGUGCCGGUGUCGGAGGCUUGAACUUUUUUAGGAAACAUGUAUGCGUACUAUACAGGCAAAAGAGAGACUACCCGUUCGAGAGGUACCCACUGUCGAAGGGGAUGGUAUCCCGCAGGCUCGCAGCGCGCCCCGGGGGGGGCGGGGGGGGGGAGCACCGGACGCGCGCGCACCGCCAAAAGAAGACGUUCGCUGCGUUGAGCGGAAUUGGCGGACCCUUCCCGAUCACCACGCGUUUUUGCCGGCCACGUUGUCUUUCCUGUCGAUUCUUUCCCAAUUGUUUUGUGUACGUUGAGGUUUGGGUUCUGUCGCAACAAAUUAAUCCCCUUGCGUCCUAACCGACCUAGAAAAUAGUCAACACAGUAGUUAAGGUUCCGCGGCGGCGGGGCGGGGCGGCGGGGGGACGAUGCGGACGCUAGACGAGUGCGGGCAAAAAAAAAACACGGUGUGAUGAGAGCCGAGCGUUUGGUUGACUCAACUAUGGUCAGUUAUUUCGCGUUCCCGCCUCCUUCGCCCGGAUUGUCGGGUGUGUUUUGGGAGAAACAGGGGAUGGCUGGGUCACCUCAUGGCCACCGUCUGUUUUUCAUCCCGCGGUAGCCAGUAGUCGAUGUUG